AUGGAUGAUGAUGAAUAUGCCAAGCUCAUCAGGAGAAUGAAUCCCCCCAGAGUUGUCAUAGACAACAGCGCUAGCGAGGAUGCCACUGUUAUUCAGGUUGAUAGCGUCAACAAACAUGGGACUCUUUUGGAAGUAGUGCAAGUGCUCACUGAUAUGAAUCUUGUCAUCAAGAAAGCUUACAUCUCGUCUGAUGGAGGUUGGUUCAUGGACGUUUUCAAAGUGAUCGACCAAGAUGGGAACAAGAUCAGAGACUCACAAGUCCUUGACUAUAUCCAAAGGAGGAUUGAGAGCAACGCUGGCUGGUUUAUUCCACCUUUAAGAAGCUCAGUUGGUGUAAUGCCCUCUGACGAAUACACAACCAUUGAGCUCGCUGGAACAGACAGACCCGGUCUCUUGUCCGAGGUAUCUGCUGUUCUCACAGACCUUCACUGCAACGUUGUCAACGCUGAGAUAUGGACUCACAACACCAGAGCUGCAGCGGUCAUCCAUGUCACGGACAAUUCAACUAAUUCAGCCAUCACAGACCCUAUUCGCCUUUCCACCAUCAAGGAGCUGCUGUGCAAUGUUGUUAGGACAAACAGCGGUUCAAGAGCCGCGAAGACGGUCUUUUCUUGUUCUGAAACACACAGGGAGAGACGGUUGCAUCAGAUCAUGUUUGAUGAUAGGGACUACGAGGGAGGCAAAAGAGCAAGGACACCGGCGUCCAGGCCCAGUGUCACGCUAACUAACAUUGAGNAGGAUUAUACUGUUGUGACAAUGAGGUCCAAAGACAGGCCAAAGCUUGUGUUUGACGUAGUCUGUACUUUGACAGAUAUGCAGUAUGUGGUGUUCCAUGGCAUGGUCAGCACAGAACCAAUGGAGGCUUAUCAGGAGUUUUACAUCCGUCAUGUGGAUGGACUUCCCAUAAAUUCAGAAGCGGAGCAAGAACGUGUCAUACAAUGUCUUGAAGCAGCCAUUGAGAGAAGAGCAUCUGAGGGUUUAGAGCUGGAAUUAUCAGCAGAGGACCGAGUUGGUCUCCUCUCAGACAUAACCAGAACAUUCCGAGAGAACAGCUUAACGAUUGUGAGGGCAGAGAUUUCAACACGAGAGGGUAAGGCCAAAGACAGGUUCUAUGUUACAGACGUGACAGGAAACGCUGUUGAGUCAAAAAUCGUGGAGUCCAUCAGACAACAGAUAGGAGUGAGCAAGCUGAAGGUGAAGAACAAGGAGGAAUGCUCUGUUCUUGGUACAAGCAGGGCUUCGGAGGAAACAACGAUGGGGUAUUUGCUGAACAACAUCUUCAAAGCCAAGCCUCUUCAGAACUUGAAGCUUCAUUUAUAUUAG